AUCAGUCUCCUUCAGUGGUGCAGAGCGGCCGUGGCCAUGUAAGGCCCUGCGCUGCCCACCACAGGCUAUUACAGGAGAGCAGCAGAUAAGAGGGGUCGUACAUAGCACCCACCCAGCAUCACCUCAGGUGGGACUCCACGUACGACCGUAGACAUGGCGAGUAAGAAAGCCUCCAACAAAAGACAACGAGGAGCACAGAAGUCUUGCUCCAACGUCUUUUCCAUGUUCGAGCAGUCCCAGAUACAGGAGUUCAAGGAGGCUUUUGGCUGCAUUGACCAAGACAGAGAUGGAGUUAUUAAAAAGCAGGACCUGAAGGAGACCUACGGACAGCUGGGAAAGCUGAACGUCAAAGACGAGGAGUUGGAGGAGAUGCUGAACGAGGGGAAGGGUCCCAUCAACUUCACUGUGUUCUUGACCCUUUUUGGGGAGAAGCUCAACGGCACCGAUCCUGAAGACACCAUACUCGCCGCCUUCAAACUAUUUGACCCCAAUGGGACGGGUUUCGUAAAUAAGGAGGAAUUUAGACGACUGCUGAUGAACCAGGCUGAUAAAUUUACAGCAGAGGAGGUGGAUCAGGCUUUUGCUCUCGCUCCCAUCGACCCAACUGGCAACAUCGACUACAAGUCUCUCUGCUACAUCAUCACACACGGAGAUGAGAAGGAAGAAUCAUAACAACCAUGACGCACACACAAUCGAGCCUUUUACAGUUUGUCACCUAAACAGGCAGACACUAAUUAAUAACCAUACGAAAACAUUAGAGAUGUGAUUCAGUCGCAUCAGAUGUUUAACAACAGUAUGUGAUGGAGUUGAAGCUGGUGUGAGAAGUAAAAUACUGAAAAUAAACUUUUAAUCUCUGCAAA